AUGAUACGCCUGUCUCUACCACUCCCCACCGCUUCUCAUUCCCUCAAACACAACCCUAACUCCCGCCGCAAAAUUCCCUCCGCGCGGCCUCACAACCCCGCCGUCGCCGGAUUCAAGUCUCUCAAUAGCCGGAUGAUCCGCCAUGCCGACGCCGGCCGCCUCGGAGAAGCCCCCUCCUCCCUCGACCUCAUGUCUAGCGCCGGCGCCGGCGCCGGCCCCGGACCCGGCCCCGGCCCCUGCCCAGACCUCACCUCCUACUCCGUCCUCCUCCAAUCAUGCAUUCGCACCAGAAACCUGGAAACGGGCCGGGCCGUCCACUCCAAGCUUAUCGAAUCGGGUAUCAAGCUCGACGCGGUCGUCCUCAACUCACUCAUCAGCCUCUACUCCAAAUGCGGCGACAGGAGGAAAGCGGAGGAGAUAUUCUCCUCCAUGGGCGGGUUAAGGAACUUGGUCUCGUGGAGAUCCAUGAUUUCGUGCUAUGAGCACGGUAACCUCAAUUCGCAGGCGAUUUCAACGUUUCUGAAGAUGGUGGAGCUCGGGGAGCGGCCGGAUGAGAUAUGCUUCGCGACCGCGAUUCGGGCGUGUUCAAAUCUGGAAUUCUGUGCGGUCGGGCUCGUUAUUUUUGGGCUUGUGAUGAAGACGGGGCAUUUUGGAGCCGAUGUGCGUUUGGGGUGCGCACUGAUUGAUUUAUUCACAAAGGGUUUUGGUGAUUUAGAUUCCGCACGGAAGGUGUUUGAUAAAAUGCCUGUGAGAGAUCUCAUUUCUUGGACUCUGAUGAUCACGAGGUUUAAGCAGAUGGGUUCUCCUAGAGACUCGAUCCUCUUGUUUCUCGAUAUGAUUUAUGCGGGUUUCGUGCCCGACUGGUUCACUUUGAGCUGUUGCCUAUCGGCUGGUUCGGAGUUGGGGCUGUUGGCCGUGGGGCGUCAGCUGCACACUUGGGUCAUCAAGAAUGGUUUUUUAUGUAAUAUCUGUGUGGGCUGUGGUUUAGUGGACAUGUACUCCAAAUGUGCUGUAAAUAGGUCUAUGGACGAGGCAAGGAAAAUUUUCGACCAAAUGCAGGACCAUGACGUCAUGUCGUGGACUGCAGUCAUCACGGGUUAUGUUCAGAGUGGAGGCCAUGACUAUGAAGCUAUUGAGCUUUACUGUAGAAUGAUAACCGAGGGUGAAGUCAAGCCGGAUCAUUUUACAUUCAGUAGCCUGUUGAAAGCGUGCAGGAAUCUUUUUAAUUUGAGACUCAGUAAACAAAUUUACGGCCAUGCAGUGAAAUUGGGUCUUACUCCCGUGAAUGACAUUGGAGGAUGGGAUAAUCUCACGGUAGCCUUAGCCGAUUCGGAUUGUGGAGUUUCUGGACUGGGUAUUCUCGAGGUCGGGCUCUUCUCUGUUGGCUAUCUUCAACUUGUUGUCUUGGGAGUCAUUGGUGCUAGGCUCAUCGCGGGCGUGAUAGAUGCAAGUGACGGCGUGCUCACGCGCGUCACCUUGGUUGGGGCACGAUGUUGUGUGCGCGUCGUGGGCGCGACAUUUAGGAAGGUACCUCAAAAGGCCGUGAGGGACCUUCGCGCGUGCAAGGUCUCUUGCGUGUGCGCAAUGUCUCUUGCGUGCAUGACCCUGGGCUUGCAAUUCGGGCUUGUCUCCAAUAGUCCUGAUUUGUGA